AGAGGAAGCCACACUUAGUGCAUACAGACAGUAAAUGUUCUAAAUAACACAGUUUGAUUAGAGACAAUAGAGGCUGUUUCCCCUUUUUUUUUUACAACAUGGAGCUGGUGAAAUGCAUUUUAAUUGUCCAACUGAGCUGUAUUUGUCAUGCUUUGCAAAACUCAUCCACUCAAACAGGCCCAACGUAUGUCCAGAGGAAAGCAGAAGAAAAUAAUACAAGAGGGAGAAAACAAGAGGAACUCAACAGUGACCCAUACGUCCACAAACUCUCUGGUAAAUGCAGCUUCACGCUCAGGAUGCCUGGAAACAGGAGCGGUGAUGUGGUGGCUUUAUCAGCAGAAUCUACAGAUAUGUUGGUUGAACAGAUGUGUCAGGAUCUCGACUGUGGCAGCGUCUAUCAUGUGAAUAAAACCAGCUCACCUCCCGAUAGGCCUACCGCCUGCUUUCACGACUGUGUGUACCAAGAUGGUCGUUUGCGGAACUGUUCACAGAGUGCGGGAGGUAACUGCACUGGGAUUGCUGAAGCUGUUUGUGGCCACCAGGCUGUGCGGCUGGCAGGAGGGUCAGACCGCUGUGCCGGACGGGUAGAGCUGUGGAGAAAAGGGAGGUGGGGCACCGUGUGUGACGACCAGUGGGACCUGCGGGAUGCAGACGUGGUGUGUGCCCAGCUCGGCUGCGGUUACGCCCUCAGUGUGACGGGACAGGGCGGCUUUUUCCCCCCGGGCAGAGGACCCGUUCACCUAGACGAGCUGAACUGUACCGGCAGAGAGGAGAACCUGUGGGCCUGUGAGGCCGCACAGGACGAGCCCGACUGCGGACACAAAGAGGAUGCUGGGGUCGUAUGCUCAGAGAUGAGAGCAGUCAGACUGACUGGAGGUCUGGACCGCUGCUCUGGUAAAGUGGAGGUCCACCGUAAUGGCAGCUGGGGUACGGUGUGUGAUAACUGCUGGAAUAAAGACAUGGCCUCCAUGGUGUGCUCCAUGCUGCAGUGUGGUGCCGAGCCGCUGAAAUUCUCCCAGUUUCUUCCUUAUCUCACCCACAACAACGGGACAUUGUGGUUCUAUCUAUGCAAUCCAAACGUGCUGAGUCUGUGGCAGUGCAUUGAGUUCAUCAACAAACCACAUCUGUGCAGCACCUCAAAAGCAUCUGGCGUCAUCUGUAACGGUUCCCUCGGGUUUCCUGCAGUCACAACAGCCACCACAGAUAAUGCAACUGUAAUGACCAGUUUGACAACUGGUGCAACCUCAGUCAGUCACGCUACAGGCUUCCCCUUACCAUCUCCAGAGCUUCUCAGCACCAUCGCUCUGGCUCUUCUUCUCCUCGUGGUUCUCAUUACAUACUCGGUGGUCUGCUGCCAUUACAGAAAAAGACACGCAUUCUUGCUCCAGCAGACUCGCAACGGGCCACGACCUCCCUCUGAUUAUCGUCACAAUAGCUACCAAGACGCCGUCGACCUCGUCAAGAUCACUCCCAACACUUCCAACCCACUGCAGACAGAAGUCCCCUCCAAUCCCAGGUAUCUUUGGACCCAGCUUAGUAGUGUUGACAGCACGUCAGUAGAUACAGACUAUGAGCAGUAUGAGCCAAGCAAUGACCCAUCUGUCACUUUAACAACCUUUCGGAAUUCUCAGAGGUACAGAACAGACGUGAACCCUUUGAGGCCCUCAGGUCUUGACAGCCUCUUUGAGGAAGCUCCUGAAGCCACAAAUGAAGUGACGGGAGCCUUCAUAAGCUGUAAUGGCGGCCCUGAAGAGGCUCAAUAUGCCAGAGUGUCAAAGAUCUCAGUGGACUCAUUUGAUACCUCCAGUACCUCCUCUGGGGAAUGCUACGAAAACACAAACAACGGUUAUGCCAUGGUCACUCCUGAACCUGGGCUGGGCCAGUCAUCUGCUUUUGACCCUUCAAGGUUCCUCUACAGCAAAGAUCAACUUUACUCCGGACAAACAACAAACCUGCAGAGUUCAGGUGAUGAAGAUGACGGUCCCAUCUACUCACCUGUGAGCCCCGACCAAAACACUUCAUCUGAGGAUGACUAUGAUGACGUUGGCACCUAAUAGUAACCAGAGGAGGUAACUCCAGCUCACAGAGACCAACAGUGUGGGACUGAAGCUGCAAAACUGUACUGAGAGGAAACAUGUACUGUAAAACCAAACACCUGUUUAGACUGAGGAAACCCAGUGAGCAUCCAUUUGGUGACAUGCAGGCUAAAAUAAGUCUAUACAUUUAGGUUAAAACUGGGCUCAAUUUGGUUAAAAAGUGUCUAAAAAGUCUAGUUUACAUAUUACCAUUGUUUCAACAGCAUUCAAAUGACUAUUUGAUUGUGUGCAGUAUUCAACAUUAAUUUAAAUGCUGAUACAUAAGUUAAAUGUGGCCUUGGUUCUUAAAAAUGUUCUUUUUCAACCAAAUUUACAACCAAUUUUGACCCAGAUUUCAUGACUGACUUUUGACCUGCAACUUAUCAAACUGUUUCCUGUGAACCGCAAUAAUAAGUUCAAUCAGGAGAGACGAGUGAAUGAAGUAAAGAUGAAUGUUUAUUAUAACAGAUGAUAUGUGAUAAUUAUGUAUUGACAGAAAGUCUUUUGGGUUCUUAGACUCUAAGGGGAGAUUUGUAACUGAGGGAUGUCUGCCCUCAGCAGCAGCAAGAUAAAUCCCCCCAUGGAGUCGUCCAGACUGGUGGCUGAUGUAUCUGCAGGACGGGCAGUAAUGGGGAGGUGGAGAGGCACUUUGCCAUUUGCGACGAUUUGCACUGAAAUGACAGCUGACAGC